GUGGCCCUGUCUCUUUAAGGAGGGUUCAUCCGACGCUGCUUCGGGUCCUCUAUGUUAUAACACGGGCGGUGAUGUCAUUGGCAGCCAAUCAAAAACUUAAAAGAGCCUGCCGGAGCUGGAGAGGAGCAGCUGCUCUCUAUUUACAUGUAAACUGAACCAGUAGGAUGCAGUUAACCCGUUCUUGGACUGAAUUGUCAAUGGACUGCACUUUCCACUUGGGCUAAAUGUCUCUUUCCACUUGAAGAGGCCUUUUUCUCUAGCAGAGACAUUACGAAUAUAUGUUUAAAUUUUUCUUUUUUCUUUUUUUAAUCUGAAAGAAACGGUAAAAAAAAAAGAAAAAAGAAAAAAGAAAAAAAGAAAAGAAAAAAGAAAAAAAAAAAGUCCCCGAAUAAGUAACUUUCUGAAUACUUAAAAGAGAAGACUCGCUUUCCCGGAUUUGAAGGAAACUUAUCUCGAAGCUGAUCGCUGGAGAAGCAAACAGACUUCAGAUUGGGCACCGUCUCUCUUGAGGAAAGGAUAUCGGGGAGCUAGUAAGUCCGCUGCUUCUUCCACUAGCCCCCUCUCCGACUGUCUGGCAAAAGAUGAGAAGUUUCCACUCGUCCAAUCCCUGAGAGUUUAGCCUAAGCAUCACUCAGCAACCUGUGUUGGCCAGAGUCCGAGCCCCGCUCCGCUUUGCCUAAUGCCUCUUCCCCCAAGACUACCCACAGUGCACGUAUCGAGGCGACAACUGCAGCUGGCGCCCGAAGAACGAAAAAAGAAAGUGUCUCAGGGCACCAAUACCAAACAGCCUGUUCUCCAAGAAUUGCCUGCUAGUUCCCCGGUCACACCUGCACCUUCCCCGUUACCAUUGGAGGAAGUAGAGCCACGGCGCUGGGCAAGGUCCAGAACGCGGCAUCCUUCAGGUAAAAAAAAGUCCAAAGAUGGGAGAGUAGGCGACUGCAGCCUUUGGACCCGGGUCGUUUCCCCUAGGCGUUGCUGGGUACAAGCUCCGGGAGCAGACUCGAGCGUAUCGGUGCCACCCCGUUUUCUAAAGUGCAGAAUAAAGGAACCCCGACAGCUUUGGCUGUGCAGGUGCCCAUCAGUCCCUCCUCCCAGCACUAGGGCCCCAUCUCGAAACUUGAGCUUUAGAGAUCCGGAGAAUUCGUGCAGACGCACCCGCCGGUUCUGUGCGUCGGUACCUCCUUACCUCCCUACCCAGUGCAGUAACUUCAAGGGGGGGCCCUUCUGUUUUAAGACUAUCCAGUCAACCCGCAAGACUCCUGGAGAAGGGAAAAAGGAAAAACCCGAGCGGCAUGGAAACAGAGGGGGAAAGAAGAGGAGGCAAAAUAUAAUUAACAAAACUGAAUUUGGCCCACAGAUCCUCGGGGGAACGGAGUGUUACGUCCCAAUUCAUAUGACUUCUAGAUUCCGAGAGUCUCCAGGGAAAAUGAGAUCAUCUGCAGACAACUCUUACUUUGAGGGAUGUAGGUGGGCCGAAGACACUUUCUUUAAACCAAGCCAGAAAGAUGUUGGGAAAGGUGCCCAGAAGGCCGAAAGGAAGGGGGGAGGCUCCAAAAAGUUUCAGCAGCAUAAAAGUACCCCAAGAAAUGGGAUGUUUAUCCUACCAAAGAGAAGUGGGGCGGGAAAACUAAAAUAAUUGGCGUGGAGAAAUACACUAUGAAUCCUUUGAA